GUGACGUACUAGGAAGUAUGUUGUAGACAGCAAUCCUCAGUGAGCUAACAGUUAUAUCACUAGUCACUGUUACAUGGCAUAAUAUUAAUAAUAUAACGAUGAAGGCUUUUCAAUAUCAGGGAGAAGUCUUGCUCUAGGAACGCCGUAAACUGCGGUUCAGCUUCAAAGACCAAACAAGAAGGUUGACUGUCUCAACUCUGAGCUUGGCACCACUAUCACCUUCACAUAACCCGUCCCAAGUCACUGCCAUGUCUUCCGGCUGUCCGCCCCAGUCACCUGCUGUGGCAAAGUCUGAGGUGCCAAUAGAGGGGGAAUGCCCACUGCUGGCUGCCACCUUUGCCUACUGGGACAACAUCCUGGGCCCUCGGGUGCGCCACAUCUGGGCCCCCAAGGGCGACCAAGCGUUGUUCCUCAGCGACGGAGAGAUCACCUUUUUGGCCAAUCACACGCUUAACGGGGAGAUUCUGCGCAGCGCCGAGUGUGGCGCGGUGGAUGUCAAGUUCUUCGUGCUGGCGGAGAAGGGCGUCAUCAUCGUGUCGCUGAUCUUUGACGGGGAGCUGAAGGGGGACAAGAACACGUGCGCCUUGUCCAUCAUCCUGCCCCAGACUGAGCUGGCCUUCUACCUGCCGCUGCACACCAUCUGUGUGGAGAGACUCAAACACGUGAUCCGCAAGGGGCGCAUUUGGAUGCAGAAGGGCUACAACAUCAUCUCAGUGCUGAGCUCAGAGAUCAUCCCCAUCAUGGAGCUGCUGUCCUCCAUGAAGACACACAGCGUGCCAGAGGAAAUAGACAUAAAAGACACCGUGCUAAAUGAUGAUGACAUCGGGGACAGCUGCCAUGAGGAUUUCCUCCACAAGGCCAUCAGCUCUCAUCUCCAGACCUGCGGCUGUUCAAUGGUGGUUGGAAGCAACCCAGACAAAGUGAAUAAGAUCGUGCGGACGCUCUGCCUCUUCCUCACCACAGCGGAGAGGAGGUGCUCGCGCCUCUGCAAGGCUGACUCUUCCUUCAAAUACGACACGGGCCUGUUUGUUCAGGGCCUGCUCAAGGACUCCAUGGGCAGCUUCGUCCUGCCCUUCCGCCAGGUACUCUACUCUCCAUACCCCACCACGCACAUCGACGUCGACAUCAACACGGUCAAGCAGAUGCCGCCGUGCCACGAGCACACGUACAACCAGCGCCGCUACAUGCGCUCGGAGCUGAGCGCACUCUGGCGGGCCGACAGCGAGGAGGACAUUGCCCCCGAUACGGUCAUCCACACUGAUGAAACCUUCACACCAGACCUGAAUAUAUUUCAAGAUGUCACGCACAAAGACACUUUGGUGAAGUCAUUCAUAGAUGAGGUGUUCAUGCUGAAGCCAGGUCUGUCCCUGCGGAGCACCUAUCUAGCCCAGUUCCUGCUGCUGCUCCACAGGAAGGCCCUCACGCUGCUCAAGUACAUCGAGGACGAAACGCAGAAGGGGAAGAAGCCAUUUCGUUCCUUGCGAAAUUUGAAGACGGACCUGGACCUGACAGUGGAAGGAGACCUCAACAUUGUCAUGGCCCUGGCUGAAAAGCUGAGGGCAGGACUGCACUCUUUCGUGUUUGGGAAGCCGUUCUACACAAGCGUACAGGAGCGAGAUGUGCUCAUGAGCUUUUGACUGCACUUCACCUGCACUUUUUGCACGGAGAGUUUUUUGCGUAGACGCGGAAUCUGUGCUUUAUUGUCAUUUAUUUUAUUGUUACUGUGAAAACAACCGGUGUUUUUCUGUUUUUCCUUGCACCACACAAGAACAAGAUUUAUUUGAACCACACUGACUAGUGGCUUCAAGUUGUGCAUGCACAUGUGUAAAUCUUGUACAAGGCUGUGUCAGUCUGAUUAUUUGUGAUCUGCUUUGCCAAGAAGAUCAUUUUGUUUUCCUUUAAUGUCUUGAUUAAGAUGAGGCACUACUUCAGAGCCUGGUUGUGCUGCAGUAAUAGACCUAUCACAUGUAAUGUUUUUGUACUUUGCCUUGAUUAAUUGUAAACAUAAUGUGAACUUUUAAAGACUUAAAUUAGUCUUUUGAGUGAUGAAGUAUUAAUGUAUUCCUUGCCUUCUGUUAAUAGAGGGUCUGUAUUAAUUCAUGAUCUUGAAAUUGGCUGAGGUGCUUUACAGAGCAUUUGCAAUUUAUAUUAUAUUUAUUAAAACAUGAGUCAUUA